AUGGAUUUAAACAAUAGCAAUAUCAGUGCCGGCAGCAGUAGCGGGAAUAAUGGCAAUAAUAACUACAAUGAUAAUAUCGGUGGUUAUGGUGAUUCUCACAGUCGUCACAAGAAAGACAAAUCCGUCGGAAACAAGUUCAAGUCACUUUUCUCGUCAAAAGAACAUGGGAAAGAGAAGAAAGACACCGGGAAAGGUGCAGAAAUGCCAUCAACCGAGCUGUUUGAAUCCGAUGUCAAUAGCUUGUCGAACGAUGAAAUCGAACGGCGAUUCCAAAUGAUGCUGGAAGAUAUGAAUCUAUCACAAGAUCAGACUACAUCGUUGAGGAAUAAACCCCUUGAGGUCAAACGCCAACUGCUAAUCACCUAUCAAGCCAAUCGGGCUUCUUCAUCGAAAAAGAGUGUCCUCGAAGACUGUGUAAAAAAACUUCAAUCCCCACAACAUUACACACCUAAACAUUUGUCAAGCAUGUUGGAUACGUUACGUGUGAAUUUGUCCAGUGGUGGUGUCAGUUGGGUCCAAGACUUCAACAACCCACCUAACGAGGGGUUGAACCGGCUACUACGAUUCUUGGCACUCACACUGACCGGGUACUAUCCGGAUCUGGGGUUAAACUGUUUACGCUGUAUCCGCGCUCUGGGUAAUUGUGGUUACGGGUUAUACGCGCUGGUGGAUCACGAAACUGCGUCCACCUUCAUUGCUCGAUGCUUAAGUUCCGAUCAGGACGGGAUGAUCGACUGUGCGAUCGAGCUUCUAUCCUCAAUAGCAUAUUGCAAUGACAAAGGUUAUCAAAAAGUGCUUGAGGGGUUGACCAAUAGUGCAGAAUUGGAAAAUCGGCCAGGUGAUCGUUUUGUCCCACUGGUCAAUGCCCUAGGAAAACCGGAUUUGGCUCGUGCGGCGCUUCAGUUGAUCAAUGUGAUUGUCAAUCGUAGUUGCCUGUCAGACAGUGCGUUCAAUGCGGACUAUCGUAUUCAUUUGCGUCUGGAGUUGAACAAAUUGGGUAUCGGCGAUUUGCUUCAAAGGCUAGAAACCACCUCACAGGAUCGCGAUAUACAAAAUCAUAUUCAGAUUUAUCGAAGCCGAGCGGAGCAGGAUGCGGACGAACUGUUCGAUCGAUUUGAAAUGGCAAAAGCGGAUCUGGAUGAUUCGAAUCAAGUUUUUCAAAUUCUCAAUCGAACGUUAUCUGGGACGCAGUCAGAGAAAGCCUUUCUGUCCAUUUUACAGCAUCUGUUAUUCGUUCGGGACGAACCCUAUCGAUUUGCUUAUUUCACCUUACUCGAGGAAUUGGUUAGUCAGGUUGUGAUUCAAAAUGAUGGUUUUGACCCGGAUCCUCGAAUGACUGUUUUACGAUUAGACGUCGAAUCAACUGUUAUGACCUUGUUAGAUGCUCUAAAGCAGGCGGACGCAUCUAGUCGGGUGGACGAUCUGCAACGGAAGUUGGAUAAGGCGUUACAAGAAAAAUUGGAAGCUGAAGCCACAAUUCAGACGCUUCAACAGCGAUUGGAUGCUGGCGGUGGUAGUUUGUCGGACGGAAAAGUCAAAGUGCCUGAAGGCUUAGAGGAGAAGCUACGCCCUUCUGGAACAAUUCCUCCUCCACCACCGCUAUCUAGCAGUGGUGGUACUAUUCCGCCACCACCGCCUCUUAGUGGGGGCAUUCCGCCACCACCUCCUCUCAGCGGAGACAUUCCACCGCCACCACCUCUUAGUGGAGGCGUCCCACCACCACCUCCCCUCAAAGGAGGUAUUCCGCCACCACCGCCUAUGGGCUCAGGUAUUCCUCCUCCACCACCAGGUGGAAUCCCUAAGCCACCGGCAGCUCCUUCGCUUCCCUUUGGUUUGAAGCCUAAGAAAAAGUACAGCCCAGAAGUUCCUCUAAAAAAAGCGAACUGGGAUCAAAUCGCUCCCGAAGCGUUGGAUAAAAACUCUGUCUGGGUUGGUUUGAAAGAGGACGAAUUGGCAAGCGACGAUAUUUUGGAUUCACUUGUAACUCAGUUCAGCACAAAACCGGCGAAAAAGUUGAUCGUUGAAUCGGAUGUCGACGGAGUCUCAGGUGCUGCGCCACAAGCAAUGAAAAAGUCCAAGGCGCUACGGUUUUUAGAUGGAAAAACUGCCCAGAAUUUGUCUAUUCUUCUUGGUUCAUUGAAAGUUCCCUACCCGGAGCUUCGGCGCCGAAUUGUCGCGAUAGAUGAGACUCUUCUCACUCAGAAUAUGUUGGAGCAGUUAAUCAAAGCUUUACCUGAACCGCCGAUUAUUGCCAAAAUCGCUGCUCUAAAAGAUGAAUAUGAUUCGUUAGCUGAACCAGAGCAGUUUGUCUGUUUGGUCAGCGAUAUCAAGAAACUCAUACCACGACUGCAUGCCAUUCUGUUCAAGUUGCGGUUUGACGAGAAACGAGAUGAGAUCAAGCCGGACAUUGUUGAUGCGGAUGAAGCCCUACGCGAGGUUCAAUCCAGUACACAUCUGAAACGUAUCCUGGAGUUGAUCUUGUUAUUAGGUAAUUAUAUGAAUUCCGGUUCGAGAAACGCUCAGUCUUACGCAUUUCACAUCAGCUACCUUACCAAAUUGGAGAAUACCAAAGAUACCUCGAAUCAACAAACGUUACUGAACUUUAUAGUCGACUGUUUGGAGCAGAAAUUUCCCGAUACAGCACAGGGGUUGGUAGAUGAUUUGUCUCAUGUGGAGCGAGCGGCUCGCGUAUCAGAAGACGUGAUCAAGGCAGGAGUUGCAGAGAUGAAAAAGUCGGUGAACUCUAUCGAGACAGAUUUGCGCACAUACAAACCACAAGAACCGGACGAUGUGUUUGCGACUGUUAUGUCGGACUUUGUCCAAACGGCGUCCACACAGGUCACUCAACUGGAGACCAUGUUUGACCGAAUGCGAGAGCGAUUCGGUGCAGUCGCCAAAUAUUUAGCUUUCGAUCCAAAUAAAUAUCAUAUGGAAAACCUUUUUUCCGAUUUGAAGCAGUUUCUCUCCUCAUAUUCACGAGCCCUGACUGACAAUGCCAAACGUCGCGCUCUGAUCGAACGUCAGCGUAAGGCACAGGAAGAGCAGGCGCGUCGCGAACGCGAGCGUGAGGAGAAAGCGCGAACCACCAAUGUCCCUUCAGGUCACAUGGGUCCGUCCGAGGAUGAAGGAAACGUGAUCGAUAAUCUGAUGGAGGCACUCAAGUCCGGUGCUGCUUUUACGGCCAAUAAUGGUCGACCGUCGGGUGGAGGUGCGCGGCGACCGCGAUCUCGUCCAAAUCCCGCGUCCGGCUUAACUUCUGUCGCUGGUCCCGCUGCUGCCCGAUCUCGUCAGUUGAUGCGUGAGCGUUCGCGGAAUUUCGGUGAUAGACCUCCAGUGAUUGUGGAUGUAACUUGA